CUCAGAUGAACCGAUCUCGCGCUGAGGUACGCACGCGCCUAUAAGUGUUUUUCAAUAAAUACGACGUUCAUAAUCAAUUUAUUAACACACAUCGGCUUAACAGUUGUUUGUUUUGUUUACAUACGAUAGUGUUUAUCGUGACAAUAUUGAAAGUGGUCCGCACUCGCGAGUGGAAUAUCUAUAAGAUUUUUACUUAGUGUCGAACGCGAUUAAUGACUGUGAAAUGGGUACAGUGAAAAGCAAGUUAGCAAGCUGGUGUCCGUCAGAGUGUGUGUGCUGUAAUGGAUGUAAGGCGGGCUCUUAUGACUUGCCGAAGGAUUUGCCGCGUCCGCCGCGAGUCGACUCCAAUGAUGUCGUCGACGCAACUCGGCAAGGGGUGCUGGCAGUCAAUGGAAUCGACUUCUGUAUUGACACGAAUGGCGAGAGUCACAACACGAGCAAAUUCAACUUGAUGACCAGGCCUGAAGACAAAUGCUUGGUCGUCAGACGUGGACAGUCGUUCAAACUGGACUUGCACCUAAAUCGGCCUUAUGAUGCUACUAGAGAUGCGAUCUCUUUCAUUUUCUACUGUACUGAUGUUGAGAAGCGUGGGCCGUCUGAUGAAACAUCUGCAGCAGUGCCCUUAUUAGAGAAGGGCUCGGAGACUGUUGGCGCUUGGAGUGCGGUGUUCGAGAGCCAAGUGGACUCUCACCUCAUGGUUGCUGUUACCCCAGCUCCUGAUUGUAUAGUGGCAGCUUGGAAGGUGGACAUCGAUACUAAGUUGACUGGAGGCAGCUCGCUCAGCUACACACAUCCUCAUCCCAUCUACGUACUAUUCAACGCUUGGUGCUUAAACGACUCUGUUUAUAUGCCAGGUCAAACUCACAGACAAGAAUAUGUGUUAGAAGACGCUGGUCUUAUGUAUAGAGGUGUAUACAAUCGUAUCAAACCCACGCCGUGGAAUUAUGCUCAGUACGAGAAAGAUAUUUUAGACUGCGCCUUAUAUCUAGUCCGGGAGGUUGGUAAGGUCAAGGGUCGGGCACGAAGUGAUCCAAUACGCACAUGCAGAGCUUUGUCUGCGGCAGUUAAUGUCCAGGAUGACAAUGGAGUGUUGUUCGGGAACUGGGGCUCCGAGCUCAGCGAUUACGCUGGAGGCACGCACCCACUGAAAUGGGUUGGUUCUCUUAAUAUCCUACAGCGGUAUUAUGAGAAGAAGAAGCCAGUGAAAUACGCGCAGUGCUGGGUCUACGCCGGAGUUCUUACCACAAUUUGCCGAGCCUUAGGCAUUCCUUGCCGACCUGUGACAGGCUUCGAUGCUGCACAUGACAGCCAGGGCAGUCUUACCAUUGACAUAAUUAAGGAUGAAGAAGGAACCACUUUAGAUGAAUUCACUAGGGACUCCGUCUGGAACUAUCACGUUUGGAAUGAGGUAUGGAUGGAGCGGCCAGACCUCGGCGCCGAGUACGGUGGCUGGCAAGCCCUGGACUCGACUCCUCAGGAGACUUCUGAAGACAUGUUCCGAUGCGGACCUGCCUCGCUACGCGCUGUCUUAGAAGGAGAGCUGCAAAGGCCGUACGAUGCUACAUAUGUGUUUGCACAAGUUAAUGCCGACAAAGUGCUGUGGAAGUAUUCUGGAGAGAUCCAACCACUUAAAUUGCUUGCUCGUGACACCACCUCGAUCGGAAAAAACAUUUCGACCAAAGCCAUUGGCUCGAUGGAACGUGAGGACAUCACGAAUACAUACAAAUAUCCUGAGAGGACCAAAGAAGAGAGAAUGACUAUGGAGAAGGCGCUACGCAAGUCUGAAAGCAUCUUCGCUCGGUACUAUCUGAACGAUGCCUUUAACGACAUUCUUUUCGAGUUUGAACUCAGAGACGAUAUUAAGAUCGGACAAAACUUCAAUGUGGUCCUGCACAUCAAGAACCGCUCUUCCAUCAAUCAGCACCGCGUGAAAGGCGUGCUUCGCGUGGACACCGUCACAUACACAGGAGUGACUGGUGAUGGAGUGAAGAGGUACGAUUUCGACGUGACGCUCGCGCCGGAGGGCAAGGAGAACGUGCAAAUGCUCGUCACGUUUGACGACUACUAUAAGAAAUUGGUUGAUCAGGCGUCGUUCAACAUCGCAUGCUUAGCAACAAUCGUAGAGAAAGAGUUCGAUUACUUCGCACAAGAUGACUUCAGGGUCCGUAAUCCCGACAUCAAAAUCAGCAUCGACGGCAAGCCGAUGUCCCGCCAAGAGUUCACCGUAAACGUUAAAGUAGAGAACCCAUUACCGAUUCCAUUGAAAAACUGCAAGUUCUACAUCCAGGGAGUGGGAUUGGAGAAGCAAUUAAGGAUCGAACUAGACGAGGUUGUUCAACCAGGCGAAUUUGCAACAGCGACUUUCAAGCUUACUCCACCAUGGGCGGGCAGACACCAGAUUUCAGCUAAGUUCCAGUCGAAAGAGAUGAGAGACGUCGACGGAUUUCUUUCCUUCAAUGUUACUAUGCCGGAGAGCAAUGGCUUCUCUCCCGACACAGUAGAGACUAGAAAUCUAUAAACUAUAAACGUCCUAGUGUACCUAUACUUUACUAUUUCCUUAUGUGUGAUGAAUAUGUUCAAUUCAUAAGUGGGUUGAAUGACCAGUAAUUUAUUGUAAUAAAAAUAGGUAGCUUUAAAAACAGAAGAGUUAAUUUUUCAAUCAUUGAAUACGAAUAUCGACGAAUAAUUCUAAUAAUGAUUGAUAUAGGUCUGUCAAAAUUAUGAGUUUAAUUCCAUGAUGUAAAAGUAUUUUUCGAAUGAAAAACAGCCCCUAAGCUGUUCUUUAAUACUUGUAAGAAAAUGUAUGUAUUUAUAUUAUAAGAUCCAUGUAUUUAUUCACUGAACGCUUACUUAAUAAAUUAAUAUUAGUGAUGUAUAUGUAAAUAGAAUUACAUUAUUGAUAAAAUUAUACCAAA